UGCUUGAAAUGAAAUAUAAGACUUUCCCAAUCCAAUUUUAUUGUUAGGUCCAUGGAUACGGCAGAACAGGGACUCGAGGAGGCGCCACCGGCGGUGCUCAGCCUGGACAAUUGCCCGGGAACCACGCCUGGUAAGCCACAAAGCAAAAAUCAGCUGAAAAAGCAGCGCAAGCUGGCAGAGUUUGCGGACCUCCGAAAGCUGCGACGAGAACGAGAGCGUGAGAAGAAAAAACAGAAACGCCGGGAGGCCAAGGAGCAGGGUCUGCCCGUCCGGGUGGGUCCUUCCCGCAAGGAGCUCAAAAAGCGCCAGGCAUCUGACGGAAGUCAGCCCGGACUCUGCGUUGCCAUCGAUCUGGACUACGAUGAUCUGAUGCAGGAGCGGGACAUCUCCAAGUGCGUCAAGCAGUGCCUCCGGAUUUAUACUAUCAACCGCCGCAGUGCGCAGCCAGGCAAGCUGCACUUCACGGGCAUACGUCGCAACGGACACAUCCACAAUUCGUUCAAGAAAAAUGAUGGCUGGGAGAACUGGCACGUGGAAUACCACUUCGAUCGCAGUCACACAGAUGUCUUCGACACCAGCAAACUAGUAUAUCUCACCUGCGAGUCUGAACAAGUGCUGGACAAGCUGCAGCCCAACUGCACAUACGUCAUUGGCGGACUAGUGGACCACAAUCACUUCAAGGGUCUGUGCCAUUCGAGGGCGACGGAGGCGGGCCUGGCCACUGCCCGCCUGCCGCUCAGUGAGCACGUGGACAUGAAGACAAGGGCCGUACUCAGUACCUACCACGUCUUUGAGUUGCUGAUUAAGGUAGCAGCUGGCCAGGAUUGGACCUCUGCCAUUCUAGACACGAUUCCCAUGCGCAAGGGAGCCAAGGCGAAAACCACUAACGGCAAAGAAGUGCAGGAGGUGGAGCAGGAACAAAGGGUGGAGCAGACGGAGGAAAAACUGGAAGCUGAGCUGAAGAAUACAUCCAUAGUCGACAUCAAACCAGAAACAAAAUUAGACUCUUUGGACAGUUGACAGCAAUCGAGAUCGCAAUUCGAGGUCUUUUUGAUUUUUAUUUCAGUUUCUUUUGUUUUUACAAAAUCACAUUUAGUUUUGUUUAGCAAAUUAAACUAUAACUUAAAAUACAUAGUGCAAAUAAUAACAAAAAUACAAAUAAAAGUUUGUUACUGGUUUUUAUGUUUCAGUUAUGUUCUUCAAUGUACAAUAAUAGCCAGGGACAAAAAUCGCUAGUAAA